CGCUUGUUGUUGCUAUUGGCAUAGCGAGUUUGUUUUUAUUGCGCACUCGAAAUUGUUUUGUUAUUUGCUGGCGAUACGAUUCGAGAAACACUCUUCAGAUGGUGCAAAAUUUAGUUUAGUCCAAGUUAGUCGCUCGUUGCGUUCAAAUGCAAGUGUGUUUGUGUGUGCGUGUCGUAGGUAACUGUUGAAUGCAAUUUGGCUAUUUGGCAAUUGCAGUUGCAACUUUGCAAGCUGCAACUUUGUGAAUGAGAAGCGCGGCUAGAACGCAAAUCACUGACAAAUGUCGCUUUUUGUGGAAUAUACGGAGCCGAAGUGGCGACACCUGGAUAUGCGCGCGCUGUCCGUUGACGAAUUUUACCUGUACCUGCGCUCGGAGUUCAGCAGCCAGACCCAUCUGUACUCACUGUCCGACGAAUGCUACACGUGUCCGUACACCAAAGUGAAAGCUCUGCCAGCUGCCGACAUCGCUGCCGGCGUCGCUGAACCGUUACGUUUGAGUUCGGCGUAUUCGUUGAAUUUCAAAAUAUUCGAACACGAUCAGGGUCACUAUGCCUACGACAAUGUCUCGUCUCUCUGCUGGCUACGUCGCAGCGAUCUGCUGGAAUUCGGCGUCUACAACCUGACCCUGCAAGCGAAUGGCACCUGUGCCUUUGCCGUGGACAAGCCGGGCGUACCAAUUAAUUACGCUUUCAUCGCCGUUUUCGUGCUGGUUGCCGCCCUGCUAAUCGCCCUGAAGCUAGUGAGCUGCGCCUGGCGUUACUAUCGCUAUGACGAGGCCACCGCCGCCGCCGACAGCAUCGGCGAAGCCGCUACCAAGGCUACGCAGAGGAAGCGCCUCCGCAGCCUGGACACCUUUCGCGGCCUUUCGAUUGUUCUGAUGAUCUUUGUGAACAGCGGUGGCGGCGGUUACGCCUGGAUCGAGCAUGCGGCCUGGAACGGACUGCACUUGGCCGACAUCGUCUUCCCCUCGUUCCUUUGGAUCAUGGGCGUGUGCAUACCGCUCUCCGUCAAAUCGCAAUUGUCGCGAGGCAGCAGCAAGGCGAGGAUUUGCCUUCGCAUACUGGUGCGAUCGAUAAAGCUGUUCGUCAUCGGCCUGUGCCUCAACUCGAUGAGCGGGCCGAACCUGGAGCAGCUGCGUGUCAUGGGUGUGCUGCAGCGAUUCGGAGUGGCCUACCUGGUAGUUGGGGUUCUUCAUACGUUGUGCUGUCGCAGGGAGCCCAUCAGUCCGCAAAGAUCCUGGCAGCGCGCCGUCCACGAUGUGUGCCUGUUUAGCGGAGAGUUGGCUGUGCUGUUGGCCCUGGUGGCCACCUAUUUGGGCCUGACCUUCGGCCUACGCGUGCCUGGCUGUCCGCGCGGCUAUCUGGGCCCGGGCGGCAAACACGACUACAAUGCUCACCCCAAGUGCAUUGGUGGCGCGGCGGGCUAUGCGGACCUUCAGGUGCUGGGCAAUGCGCACAUCUACCAGCAUCCGACGGCCAAGUACGUCUACGAUUCCACAGCCUUCGAUCCAGAGGGUAUAUUCGGCUGCAUUCUGAGCGUUGUGCAGGUGCUGCUCGGCGCCUUUGCGGGCGUAACUCUGUUGGUGCAUCCCAACUAUCAGUCGAGGAUCCGUCGCUGGACACUACUCGCCAUUCUGCUGGGCCUCAUUGGCGGCGCUCUGUGUGGAUUCUCGAGUGAGGGCGGCGCCAUACCCGUGAACAAGAACCUCUGGUCGCUGUCCUUCGUGUGCGUCACCGUCAGCUUGGCCCUGGUAAUCCUCUCGCUGAUGUACUACUUCAUCGACGUGCGGGAGACGUGGAGCUGGUCGGGCUAUCCCUUCACCGAAUGCGGCAUGAAUGCCAUCGUGAUGUACGUGGGCCACUCCGUGCUGCACAAGAUGCUGCCCUGGCACUGGCGGAUCGGCGAGAUGAACACGCACUUCAUGCUCCUGCUGGAAGCCACGUGGAACACUCUGGUCUGGGUGGGCAUCGCGCUGUAUCUGGACGCGCAGGAGUUCUACUACAGUGUGUAGGCCACACGAGAAUGCACAAUCCAUUCAAUUGCCAAAUAAAUUAGACACUAUCGCUGUACCAACGCGAACCAAUAUCAACAAAAGUAAUUAUAAAUCAGACAAAGAUAAACA